AUGUUAAAACCAGUGGAAAAUAUGCAUCGGGUGUUGGCCGGAGGGAGUGGGGGGAGCUCGGAGUGUGAAGGGGAAAUGCGUUGCAACAUCUUCAGACGCAGAGAACUGCAUCCAACCAACGGUGCCUCCCAAAGCUGCAACCUGCAGUCCAGGACACAGUUAGAGUUGCCAGAAAGGAGACUAGCAGCAGCAGCAGCAGCAGGAGCAGCAGCAGCAGUACUAGGUGUAUCGACUCUGCAUUCGGACAUGCAGCUCUUCCCCGGAAGUCUUGCGAGAUUUGCUCGAGGGAGUGGGGCGCGGGAUACUGAGCUCAUGAUUCAGAGUCCAACUGGGAGGGGUGGGUUUACAGAAAAAGUUUAUGAGUGGAGCUCAGAAGAAGAGGAUACUUUGAAAAAAGCAGGGCCAGUUCAAGUUCUUAUCAUGAAAGAUGAUCACUCCUUUGAAUUAGAUGAAACUGCACUUAACCAUAUCCUUCUGUCAGAAGCUGUCAGAGAUAAAGAAGUUGUUGCUGUUUCUGUGGCUGGAGCAUUUAGAAAAGGAAAAUCAUUUCUGAUGGACUUCAUGUUGAGAUAUAUGUACAACCAGGUAUCUGUUGAUUGGAUUGGUGAUUAUGAUGAACCACUGACUGGUUUUUCUUGGAGGGGUGGAUCUGAACGAGAGACCACAGGAAUUCAGAUAUGGAGUGAAGUCUUCCUAAUUAACAAACCUGAUGGCAAAAAGGUUGCAGUAUUAUUAAUGGAUACUCAAGGAACGUUUGAUAGUCAGUCAACUCUGAGGGAUUCAGCCACUGUAUUUGCCCUUAGCACUAUGAUCAGCUCAAUACAGGUAUACAACUUAUCUCAGAAUGUCCAGGAGGAUGACCUUCAGCAUUUACAGCUUUUCACUGAGUAUGGCAGACUGGCCAUGGAAGAAACAUUUCUGAAGCCAUUUCAGUCCUUAAUAUUCCUUGUCCGAGACUGGAGUUUUCCAUAUGAAUUUUCCUAUGGAGCUGAUGGUGGUGCCAAAUUUUUGGAAAAACGGCUUAAGGUCUCAGGGAACCAGCAUGAGGAACUGCAGAAUGUACGAAAGCACAUCCAUUCCUGUUUCACCAACAUAUCCUGUUUUCUACUACCUCAUCCUGGCUUAAAAGUUGCCACCAACCCAAAUUUCAAUGGAAAACUGAAAGAGAUAGAUGAUGAAUUCAUUAAGAAUCUGAAAAUUUUGAUCCCUUGGCUACUCAGCCCUGAGAGUCUAGAUGUCAAAGAAAUCAAUGGAAAUAAAAUCACAUGUCGAGGUCUAGUGGAAUACUUCAAGGCAUAUAUAAAGAUCUAUCAAGGAGAAGAAUUACCCCAUCCCAAAUCAAUGUUGCAGGCUACAGCUGAGGCUAACAAUUUAGCAGCAGUUGCAACUGCCAAGGAUACAUAUAACAAAAGAAUGGAAGAGAUUUGUGGAGGUGACAAACCAUUUCUAGCACCUGCUGACCUCCAGAACAAACACCUGGAACUCAAGGAGGAAUCAAUUAAGUUGUUUCGUGGCGUCAAAAAGAUGGGUGGGGAGGAGUUUAGCCGCCGUUACCUGCAACAACUGGAGAGUGAAAUAGAUGAGCUUUACAUACAAUAUAUCAAACAUAAUGAUAGCAAGAACAUCUUCCACGCAGCACGCACACCAGCCACACUGUUUGUGGUUAUCUUCAUCACCUAUGUCAUUGCUGGUGUGACUGGAUUCAUUGGUUUGGAUAUUAUAGCUAGUCUAUGCAACAUGAUAAUGGGACUGACUCUUAUCACUCUGUGUACCUGGGCAUAUAUCCGAUACUCCGGAGAAUACCGAGAAUUGGGAGCAGUAAUAGACCAGGUGGCUGCUGCCUUGUGGGACCAGGGAAGUACAAAUGAGGCUUUAUAUAAACUCUACAGUGCAGCAUCAACCCACAGACAUUUGUAUCAAAAUGCCUUUCCUGCAUCAAAAUCUAACUCUACUGAAGAAUCAGAACGGAAGAAAAUGUAAUCCGCAUUUUAAAAAUAGGUGCAUGAACAUUUAUGUAUUAUAUCAUCAGUUACAUGCAUCCAUGUACAUAUUUUAAAGUAUUUAAGAUUAAAACAAAAAGUUGAAAAGUGUUUCUUUUUACUUAAGUAUUUAAUAAGAAAAUAUAUGCAUGGUUUCCAAUUUUCUGUAACAUUUACUAUUAUAACUUAAUAUUAAAAUGUAUUCUCUUAUUUAUUAAUACAUGUGCUCCACUUGAAUUUGCUAAUACUGGCUUAUAAUUAAUUUAACUAUGUAGUGGUCUUCCUACAAGUUUCUAUAUGCUCAUUUGAUUUCUAAAGAA